AUGACCGACCAAUCACAAUAUAAGUAUUCGGCGAUGUCCAACCUGGUCCUCCAGGCGGACCGUCGUUUCAUCAGCCGUUCCAAUGACGAAGCGUCUGGAGACCCCGAGUCUAUUGCGGGCCGUAUCGGCAUCCGAGAGAUGGGGUCGCGAGUAGCCCGCGACGAUGCGCCGAAGACCAAGAAGGCCGCUGGGCCAGGAGUCGAACGUGGUGCAAUUCACGAGGGCGAAGACGUCCUCAUGCGAGAACAGAAGAAGCGCCAACGUGGCCAACCAGCACAACUUCGGGGCCAGGGUAUUCUCUCAGCAUCCGAUGCUCUCAUCGAAGGCUUGAAAUAUCGCCCGCGAACACCGGCGACGCGAGCGACAUACGAUCUUAUCCUCACGAUUACCGGCACAAAUCUUGGCGAUGUCCCCCAUGAAGUCGUUCGAAGUGCCGCUGAUGCCGUGUUGGAGCUUCUGAAGGAUGAAGACAUGAAAGAUUUCGACAAGAAGAAAGAAAUCGACGAUCUUUUGGGCGCAUCCAUGAACCCCAAGGAGUUUAAUGAGCUUGUGAACCUGGGAAAGAAAAUUACCGACUACGAUGCCCAGGAUGAAGAUGAAGACAUGGACGGUGGCCUGGAUGAAGCAGAUGGAGAGCUCGACGAGCGUCAAGGUGUCGCUGUUGUUUUCGACGAGGACGAGGACGAUGAGCGCAUGGGCACCGUGGACGAAAUUCGAGACGAAGACGACCUUUCCGAAGAAGACGAAGCCGACGACCAAGACCGACCCGAGGUCGACCAGCCCACAGAAGGUCUGGGUGAGGAUGAUGAGAUGGUCAUCGAUGGCGGCAUGGGACGGGAUACCAAGACCAAGGAUAAGGCAGACAUGGACGUACUUGUGCGCGAGAUCGACGCGUACUGGCUCCAGCGUCAAAUCGGUGACUUGUAUUCAGAUGCUCACGUGCAACAAGAAAAGACACGAGAGGCUCUUGAGCUCAUGGGUGGUCAGACCGAGGACGGAUCUGAACGGCCUCUCCGGGAUGUCGAGAACGACCUCAUGGAACUAUUCGACUACGACCAUCCUGAAAUUGUUGCUAAAUUGGUCACAAACCGCGAUAAGGUUGUCUGGGUGACUCGCUGGAGACGAGUGGCUGAAGAUGCCGACGCGCGUAACCUUGUGGAAAGCCAGAUGGUCGAAGCUGGACAUCGUGCCAUAUUGGAUGAGAUUCGAGGAAAGUCUGCUCGAGAUGAUCUCGGCGACCGCUCUGAGAAGAAGAUGAAGCUUGACCUGAUGGACGUCGACGUCCCGUCAAGAGCCGCAGAAGACGAGAAGAAGCCUGCCACCGAAGGCGAUUUGGUUGGUGGUCUUCAGCCUAAGCGCCUCAUCAAUCUCGAGAACUUGGUCUUCCACCAGGGUAACCAUCUCAUGACCAACCCCAAUGUCAAGCUUCCUCAAGGUUCAACAAAGCGUACCUUCAAGGGCUACGAAGAGAUCCAUGUUCCGCCCCCCAAGGCCAAGAGAGAUGCCGGUGAAAAGAAUAUCCCAACUACCGAGUUGCCGGAUUGGGCUCGUGUUGGCUUCGGAAGCUCGAAGGAGCUGAACCGGGUUCAAACCAAGUGCUUCCCUUCUGCUUUCCAUGACGAUGGUAACCUGCUUGUCUGUGCACCGACUGGUUCUGGAAAGACCAACGUUGCUAUGCUCACUAUUCUCCGCGAGAUCGGCAAGAACCGCAACCCGGAAACAGGUGAAAUCAUGCUGGAUGACUUCAAGAUCAUCUACAUAUCUCCCCUUAAGGCCCUGGUGCAGGAGCAGGUCGGAAACCUUGGCAAGCGUCUUGAGCCCUACGGUAUUAAAGUAGCAGAGCUCAGUGGUGAUCGCCAACUCACCAAGCAGCAAAUCGCCGACACUCAAAUCAUUGUCACUACCCCAGAGAAAUUCGACGUCAUCACUAGAAAGGCUUCCGAGACUAGCUACACCAACCUCGUCCGUCUCGUGGUCAUCGACGAGAUUCAUCUUCUCCACGAUGACCGCGGCCCUGUCAUUGAGAGCAUCGUUAGCCGUAUCAUUCGUCGUGUCGAGCAGACUGGUGACCCGGUGCGAAUCGUAGGUCUCAGUGCUACUCUUCCCAACUACCGUGAUGUCGCAAAUUUCCUCCGUGCCGACCCCGAGAAGGGAGUUUUCCACUUCGAUGGCUCUUACCGGCCUUGCCCUCUGAAGCAGGAGUUCAUUGGCGUCACCGAUAAGAAGGCCAUCAAGCAAUUGAAAACCAUGAACGACAUCUGUUACAACAAGGUUCUGGAGCAGGUUGGUCAAAACCGAAACCAGAUGCUUAUCUUCGUCCACUCAAGGAAGGAGACCGCCAAGACCGCCAAAUACAUUCGUGACAAGGCAAUAGAGAACGAGACGAUUGGCCAGAUUCUGCGCAGUGAUGCUGCUAGUCGUCAAAUUUUGACUGAGGAAGCUGAGUCUGUUGACGAUGCUUCUUUGAAGGACCUUAUGCCUUAUGGCCUGGGUAUUCACCACGCUGGCCUGAGUCUUGCGGAUCGUGAUUCCGUCCAGGCACUCUUUGCCGAUGGUAGUAUCCAGGUUCUCGUCUGUACUGCCACCCUUGCUUGGGGUGUCAACCUUCCCGCCCACACAGUCAUUAUCAAGGGAACCCAGGUCUACUCCCCCGAGAAGGGUAGCUGGGUCGAAUUGAGCCCUCAGGAUGUUCUUCAGAUGCUCGGACGUGCCGGUCGACCUCAAUACGACACAUUCGGUGAAGGUAUCAUCAUCACAACCCAGGCAGAGAUUCAGUACUACCUUUCGCUUUUGAACCAGCAACUGCCAAUUGAGUCCCAGCUUGUUAGCAAGCUUGCGGAUAACUUGAACGCGGAGAUUGUUCUAGGCAACAUCCGAGACCGUGACGAGGGUGUGCAGUGGCUGGGUUACACCUACCUCUAUGUUCGCAUGCUUCGGUCCCCAGGCCUGUACAGUGUUGGCGCAGACUACGAGAACGACGAUGCUCUGGAGCAGAAGCGAGUUGAUCUCGUCCACUCCGCUGCUACCAUCCUUGAGAGAUCUGGUCUUGUUAAGUAUGAGAAGAAGACUGGUCGCCUGCAAGCAACUGAGCUCGGCCGAAUUGCUUCUCACUACUACAUCGGCCACAACUCCAUGCUCACCUAUGCCCAACAUCUUCAGCCAUCCAUCACUACUAUUGAAUUGUUCCGCAUUUUCGCUCUGAGUGAUGAGUUCAAGUACAUUCCUGUCCGCCAAGACGAGAAGCUGGAGCUUGGAAAGCUGCUGGGUCGUGUGCCAGUGCCUGUUAAGGAGACGAUUGAUGAGCCUCACGCCAAGAUCAACGUCCUCCUGCAGGCAUACAUCUCCCGUCUCCGCCUGGACGGCCUUGCCUUGAUGGCAGAUCUGGUUUACGUUACUCAGUCUGCCGGACGUAUCAUUCGUGCGCUCUUCGAGAUUUGCUUGAAGAAGGGCUGGUCAGCUGUGGCCAAGACUGCUCUUGACCUGUGUAAGAUGGCCGAGAAGCGCAUGUGGCCAACCAUGUCUCCCCUGCGCCAGUUCCCUCACUGCCCUCGCGAUAUUCUGCAGAAGGCCGAGCGUAUUGAUGUGCCCUGGGCUAGCUACUUCGACCUGGACCCUCCCCGUAUGGGCGAGCUCCUUGGCAUGCCCAAAUCUGGACGAGUUGUCUGCGAUCUGGUCUCCAAGUUUCCCCGACUGGAAGUUCAGGCUCAGGUUCAACCUAUUACUCGUUCCAUGCUCCGUGUUGAAUUGACCAUCACCCCUAACUUUGUGUGGGAUGAUGCCAUUCAUGGCAAUGCGCAGGACUUCUGGAUCCUUGUUGAAGACUGUGAUGGCGAAGAGAUCUUGUUCCACGACCGAUUCUUGCUGCGCCGCGAAUUUGCUCAAGCUGAGAUGAACGAGCACCUUGUGGAGUUCACUGUAUCAAUUACCGAGCCGAUGCCUCCCAAUUACUUCAUUUCUCUGGUGUCUGACCGCUGGAUGCACUCUGAGACCAAGAUUGCUGUCUCCUUCCAGAAGUUAAUCUUACCGGAACGUUUCCCUCCUCACACUCCUCUUCUCGACAUGCAACGUGCGCCGGUCAAGGCCUUGAAACGCGAGGAGUACCAGCAGCUGUACCCCAAUUGGGAGCACUUCAACAAGAUCCAGACUCAGGUCUUCAAGUCCGUGUUUGAUUCGGAUGACAAUGUCUUCAUCGGUGCUCCCACUGGAAGCGGUAAGACUGUGUGCGCUGAGUUAGCCUUGCUGCGUCACUGGUCAAGUGAGAACAGUGGCCGUGCAGUGUACAUUGCUCCCUUCCAAGAGCUGAUUGACCUCCGUCUUGCCGACUGGGAGAAGCGUCUUAGUAACAUUGGUGGUGGGAAGACCGUUGUCAAGCUUACGGGCGAAACAACUGCGGACCUGAAGCUCCUUGAGCGGGCUGACCUUAUCCUCGCCACUCCUGUCCAGUGGGAUGUUCUAUCUCGCCAGUGGCAGCGACGCAAGAACGUCCAGACAGUACAAUUGUUCAUCGCUGACGAACUUCACAUGCUUGGUGGUUUCGGUGGAUACGUGUACGAGGUUGUUGUCUCUCGCAUGCAUUACAUUGCUCUUCAGACUGAGAACGAGAUGCGCAUUCUUGGUUUGAGUGUGCCGCUUUCCAACGCCCGCGACAUCGGCGAGUGGAUCGGUGCCAACAAGCACACUAUCUACAAUUUCAGCCCGCACGCUCGCCCUGUGCCUCUGGAACUCCACAUUCAGUCUUUUACCAUUCCUCAUUUCCCCUCGCUCAUGCUUGCCAUGUCUCGCCCUGCCUACCAAUCGAUCUUGACUCUUUCACCCGACAAGCCUGCUCUGGUCUUUGUGCCCAGUCGCAAGCAGACCCGUUCUACCGCCAUGGAUCUUUUGGCAGCGUGUUCCAUGGACGAUGAUGAAGAUCGCUUCUUGAACGCAGAUGCAGAGGAGCUUGCACCACUGCUGAGUCGUGUUCAAGAACAGACUCUUGCCACCUCGUUGAGCCACGGUGUUGGCUACUACCACGAGGCCCUGAGCCUGGGUGAUAAGCGUAUUGUUACACAUCUCUUCAAAAUCGGUGCAAUCCAGGUCCUUUUGGCCUCGCGGGAUUGCUGCUGGGAAUUGGAUGUCACCGCUCAUCUGGUUAUCGUCAUGAACACUCAGUUCUUUGAUGGUCGUGAACACCGCUACAUUGACUACCCUAUUAGCGAGAUCCUUCAGAUGUUCGGCAAGGCUUCUCGUCCCGGUCAAGACAAGCUUGGUCGGGGUGUUUUGAUGGUGCCUGCUGUGAAGCGCGAGUACUACAAGAAGUUCUUGAAUGAAGCUAUGCCGGUGGAGAGUCAUCUCCAGGUCUACCUGCACGACGCAUUUGUCACCGAGGCCAGCACAAGGACCGUCUCCUCGACCCAGGAUGCAGUUGACUGGAUGACCUACACUUACUUCUACCGCCGUUUGCUUGCGAACCCCAGCUUCUACGGGUUGAGUGAUGUUAGUCACGAGGGCUUGAGUACCUUCUUGUCAGAGCUUGUUGAGAACACGCUCAAGGAGUUGUCGGAGGCAAAGAUUAUCGACCUGGAUGAGGAGGAUGACAGUGUUUCUCCUCUCAACGCCGCCAUGAUCAGCGCCUACUAUAACAUUUCCUUCAUCACUAUGCAGACCUUCCUGCUGUCUUUGUCGGCUCGCACCAAGCUCAAGGGUAUUUUGGAGAUUGUCACCUCAGCCACCGAGUUCGAAUCUGUCCAGAUGCGUCGCCACGAGGAUCAUGUUCUCCGCCGCGUGUAUGAUCGGUGUCCCGUCAAGAUGUCGGAGCCCGCAUUUGAUUCGCCCCACUUCAAGGCCUUCGUUCUUCUCCAGGCGCACUUCUCGCGUAUGCAGUUGCCUAUUGACCUGGCCAAGGACCAGGAAGAUAUCGUUCGCAAGGUGCUUAACUUGCUGAGCGCCUGUGUUGAUGUGCUUUCGUCUGAGGGUCACAUCAAUGCCAUGAACGCCAUGGAGCUGUCGCAGAUGGUUGUUCAAGCUAUGUGGGACCGCGAUAGUCCUCUCAAACAGAUUCCUCACUUCUCGCCUGAGGUCAUCCAGGUGGCCAAUGAGUACAAGUACGUUAUUACGAUUCCUGGUGAACAAACAAGCACUAACAUGAUUGGCAGGAUCAACGAUAUCUUCGAAUUCAUGGACGCUAUGGACCCUACCGAGAACAAGGACUACGCCACUCUUGUCAAGCAUCUCAAUUUGAACAACAAGCAGCUGGCACAAGCAGCCGCUUUCACGAACGAGAAGUACCCCAACCUCGAAAUGGACUUCGAGGUCGAAGAUCCCGAGAAUGUCACCUCUGGCGAGCCCGCCUAUCUCAAGAUCAAGAUCGAGCGGGAGCUGGAAGAAGACGAGGAGCCCGACACUGUCGUUCACGCACCCUUCUACCCCAACCAGAAGAUGGAGAACUGGUGGUUGGUGGUCGGCGAGGAGCAGUCCAAGAGCCUGCUGGCCAUCAAGCGCGUUACUAUCGGUCGCAAGCUGGAGCUGCGCUUGGAAUACGUGGUUCCGUCUCCUGGUGAGCACGAGCUGACUCUCUACCUUAUGAGCGACAGCUAUGUCGGAGUGGAUCAAGCACCUACCUUCUCAGUGACCGCGGCUGAAGGUAUGGAGGAGGAUGAGAGUGAGGAGGAAGAGGAGUAG